UGCUGCGCUCCUGCUAAGCUGUCGAGCAUCUCGGAUCUUGUUUUCCUUCCGAUCUACACGCAAUGGCGUCAGGCUUCGGUAUCAACGGUGGUCCCGGCCGCUGCUAUUCAUUCUGGCUCGACUUCACAAAGUGCUUGGCUGAUGCUGCGAUCCCAGCGGAUUGCGCGCCCGCACGCGAGGAUUACAUCGAAUGUCUCCAUCACAGGAAGGAGUCAGAGCGCCGCCAACAGAUCGAGAAGCAGGCCCAGAAGAAUGAGCAGGAGAAACAGCAAGCAGACGCCCUCGCGAAGGAGCAAGCGCAGAAGGACCGAUAG